AGCCGAGAGAGGCGACUCUGGUACUACGUUGCGGUUAGGGUGGACGGUAAUGGCUGAGAGCGGAAGGCUGCGGGGUGUGCUGGGCUUGGUGGCCGACACUCAGUACGCGGACGCUGACGACGGCUGGUCGUACGACAAGAGCGAGAAGCGGUACUUUCGGGCAUCGGUGGAUGGGACGCGGAUGCUGGCGAGUGCAUGGGCGGCGCUGCCGGUGUUGGUUGGCGAUGACGAACCAGAGACGCCCGAGGCGGCGCUAGCCCCGUUCGCCGUCAGCGGCCGGAGCGGCGACGGGCACGCUACGGAGGCCGACGACGUCGUCUUUGCGCCGCAGAUGGUUGUUCACUUGGGUGAUGUGGUCGACGGGCGCCACGGGACGUCGCACCUUGUUGACGCCGUUCAUGUCAUCACCUCGGAGCUCCGCAAGGCUGGCGCGCCGGUUGUUUGCCUUGCCGGCAACCACGAGUUUUAUCACGCCCGGGCCGAGGGCGACGCGGCGCGGGAGGUGCUCGCCGGUGCGCUGGGAUGGGGCGACGCGACGCUGCGCGGGAGCUGGUCGCUACUGCCUGGCCAGUUACGGGUCAUUUGCAUCGACACGUACGAGAUCUCGGUCAUGGGUGCGCUCGGCGGACUCGAGUCCGAGGCUGCCGCCCAAGCGGCUGCGCUCCUUGCGGCGAACAACCCCAACGAGAUCAAGAACUCGCCCGAGGGCCUGGUUGGCAACGACGCGCGAUGGGUGGCGUUUGGCGGUGGAACAAGCGAAGCGCAGGUCCAGUGGCUCGAAGCCGAGCUCGCUGCCGCGGCUACGGCCGGCGAGCGCGCGGUAGUCUGCUCGCAUGUCCCACUCCAUCCGCGCGGCGCGGAGCGGCCGACCAACGUCGUGUGGAACUACGAGGCGUUUGAGUCGGUGUUGACGACGUACGCCACCGCCGGCGUGCUUGUUGCAUGCUUUGCCGGGCACGACCACACCGGGGUCUUUGCUCUCGCAGAGAGCGACGACGACCCGCUGCCGCACUUUGUCACCCUCCCAGCGAUUCUCACGUCGCCACCGGGUACGACCGCCGGCGCACUGGCGCACAUCUACGACGACCGAAUCGAAUUGGUCGGCUUUGGCAACUGUCCAAGCGCGCGGCUGCCGUUCCGGAAGCGCUAA